CAGAUAUAACAGAAGCCUAUAUAAACAGGUCCGGCCCAAAUCAGAAUUGGCAAGUUGAAUAGGAAAGAGGAGAAAGUUGGUAGAAAGAGAAAGAGGAGAGAGAAAGCGACGUGCAACUGAUACAGCUGGUCGGUGGAGCCGCCGUCGUCGUCUCCGGUGAGGGCUUCAAUGCGUUUUGCAAAUCAGGGAUCUGCAAGAUGAUUUCAUUGAAUUCCGAUAGAAUUAGCGGUUUACCGGACGAAGUCCUUUGUCACAUUCUCUCGUUUCUCCCAACUAAGAUCUCUGUGAGCACAAGCAUUUUUUCCAGAAGAUGGAAAUUUCUGUGGGCGUACGUCCCUAGUUUAAGCUUCGAAUGUGGGGAGAAAGAAGACAUCAUAGACAAGGUUUUCAUGCUACGUAAAGUUGAGAACAUACACACUUUUCGCCUGACUCAGGAUGUUGAUUGCACCGAUCACCAAAUGGAGGCAUGGAUGACCUCUGCCACUGCCCACAACUUGCAGAAUCUCGAGCUUCCCUAUCUGUUUUCUGUUGUUGUGCCUCGAUGCGUAUUCACAUGCAAAACCCUAGUUGAUUUGAGGCUCCAAAAUUGUGCAGCCUUAAUUCCCAUAGGCAACGGGGUGUGUUUGCCUCGCCUGAAAACUCUUCAUCUAAUCAAACUUCAUUUUGAGGAUGAUGACACCCUCCAGCACUUGAUCUCUGGCUGUCCAGUGCUAGACGAGUUGGUAAUCUGUAUAGGUCCAUUUUCUUGGGUCCCCGAAUCUUGUAAUCUACUCACAGUAAAGAGGCUCACUGUCCAUUUAGAGUUCUGUAUUUUCAGUGCAUUAUUGAUGUCUGAUUUGAGGCUCAAGUUAAAUGCACCCGCGCUUGAAUAUCUCCAGAUAAUUGCUUCUUUCCACGAGGAUAGGGGAUCUAAGCUGCUGCUAACCUCCUCGUGUGAAGCAAAUAUCUAUCUUAACAAGGAUGAAAAGAAACAGUUCGAUUUUGUUUAUCAAAAAUCUGUGCUGGAGUUUAUUACUUGGCUCGGGCUCCUUACCUUCGAGUGCCGACGAAUACGGUUGUCGUAUCGUACAGAGAUCAUGGACUCAGAAUUAGAUUCCUGGACUAUGAGUUUUCCUAACUCAACCGAACUCGAACUGAAUGUUGAUUGCCGUUUUCUCUCGAAAUUCCUAGAAAAUGCUGAUAAUCUUCGAGUUCUUAUUUUCUCCGAGUCAAGUGAAGAAAAAAGAGACUGGAUAGAACCCAUACAGGUGCCCACAUGCCUAUUAUCGCAUCUUAAGGCUAUAAAGCUUCUUAACAUUGUAGACGAAAGGAACAUUUUUGAAGUUGUAAGAUAUGUUUUGAAGAAUGCUCGAGUUUUGAAGAAGAUAGAAAUAUCAUAUCCCAAGUCAUUUGAUUCCAAUCAAAAGAUUCGUAUGGUCCAUGAAAUCUCAUUAUUCGAACGAGCAUCAAAGGCAUGUCAAGUGACCUUUGUUGAGGUUGUUAAGGGCCUGCAUACAUUCAUUCCUCUCAAAGAACUGGCAAAUAAUCAGGUACCAUUUUUUCUCGUAUGUUUUGAUUUGCAAUUCAAGAUUUUGAUUGUUUGAGUCGGUUUUUUUUUUUAUUGAAAACGAAUCAUUUUUGCUGCUUUUGUCAGGGUAUAUGGAUGGUGCUGUAAUGCAGUAUGAUCCAAGAUAGAAAGGAGAAUCAAGUAUCAAGUUCCAACAUAUAUUUGUUAUUUUGCCGAAUAUCGACUUUGAAAGCACUAGUAGGAUUGUUUGUUAUGUUGUCUAGUAUAGUCUUUUGAAGACAAAUGUAACAAUUUUGAACUUG